GCAACAGCGGACGUCUUGGACGUGGGGCACGUCAAAUAAUGAUACAUAAAAUAAAAAUAAUAGAGAAAUUUCUUUAUCUAAUUAAACAAUAUGUUUAAAAUCGUCCUUUAUUUGUCGGCUAACUUUCCAUCUAUUUAGAAGUGAAAAGGUAGAGAGUGAACAAAAAUAAAUGUUAGGCAUUAUUUUCCGAAACUAAAAAGGAGACAAAUUGGCAAAGUAUCAAUCAAGGAGCGAGCAAACGCCCUGCAAGUUCCUGAUUGCGCGAAAGUCACAAGCAGAGGCCCUGCUGGAAAAUCAAUUUCUCCUACUUCUUGUUUGGGAUAAAGGAUCAAAGAGUAUUAUUGAGUUGUUACAAAAACAGUGGUAACAACAACACAAAUCAACUAAAGGGGCACAUCUGUUAUGUCGUUAUCAUUAAUAAUACAAGAUAUUUUUCUUGUUCGCACUGAUACAGAUUGAACAACGCGGCGAUUUGCCGUGACCCGCCCUACUGAAUAGUCUAUAGAAAUUCAACACUGCAAAAAUCGGCAUUAUGGCGUAUCGUAAACCAAACGAUUUGGAUGGCUUCAUUCAAAUGAUGCCCAAGGCGGAUAUGAGAGUUAAAGCUCUGCUGGCCGAAGACUUGGUCACAUUCCUAAGCGAUGAGACAAAUUCAAUCGUUUGCAUGGACAUGGGAAUGCUUGUCGAUGGCCUUAUGCCUUGGCUUACCGGUAGUCAUUUCAAAAUUGCACAAAAAUCGUUGGAAGCAUUUUCCGAACUGAUAAAAAGGCUUGGACCUGAUUUUAAUGCUUACAGUGCAACUGUGCUGCCACAUGUUAUAGACCGUCUUGGUGACAGCAAGGAUACUGUCCGUGAGAAAGCACAAUUGCUAUUACAAGUUGUUAUGGAGUACAAAGUGUUGACCCCACAAGCGACAAUCGACAAAUUGGCGGCAUCUUGCUUUAAACAUAAGAAUUCUAAAGUUCGUGAAGAGUUUUUGCAAACUAUUGUAAAUACAUUGAACGAAUAUGGCACCUCACAGUUGAGUGUUCGCACUUACAUACAACCUAUUAGUGCACUGCUUGGUGACCCUACAGCAACCGUACGCGAUGCAGCUAUACAAACACUUGUAGAAAUAUACAAGCAUGUAGGUGACCGUUUGCGGGCAGAUCUACGAAAGAUGGAGGAUGUUCCUGCAUCAAAGUUAGCUUCGCUUGAGCAGAAAUUCGAUCAAAUUAAAGCGGAAGGGCUCUUACUGAAGUCGGCAUUGCAAACCACAGCAUCUGCGAACAAUGGCCAUGACGAGUCGGAUAAUGUCAGUGUGCGAGACCGGCCAACAAAAAUUGUUAAACGUACUGUAUCUGCGUCGACGCGAGCAAAACCAAAUUCCUCAGAUUCUAGUGCUGGUGCGGAUGCUGGCGCCGUAACUAUGGAUAUCUUUGAGUCUACUUUCGAAGUUGUGCCACAAUUAACUAUUUUUCACCCAAAAGACAUGGAUGAUAUUUAUCGAAAUAUUAUUGUUGUAAUUAGCGAUAAAAAUGCUGAUUGGGAGAAACGCAUAGAUUCGUUAAAGAAAGUUCGUUCAUUACUAAUGCUGAAUAUACAAUCACAACCACAGUUUGUUGCGCAGCUGAAAGAUCUUUCAAUACCAUUCCUUGACAUACUCAAGGAGGAGCUACGUUCGCAAGUCAUACGUGAGGCAUGUAUUACAAUAGCCUACAUGUCGAAAACACUACGUAACAAACUCGAACCAUUCUGCUUUUCUAUCCUAGAGGCGCUUAUUAAUUUGAUUCAGAAUUCGGCUAAAGUUAUUGCGUCUUCAUCGAUUAUUGCACUCAAAUAUAUUAUAAAGUAUUCCCAUUCGCCGAAAAUGAUUAAACUCAUUACUGAAACAUUGCAACAAUCCAAAUCCAAGGACAUUCGAGCCACUUUGUGCGAAAUGCUUUGCCUGAUGUUCGAUGAGUGGCAAACGAAAACGAUGGAGCGCUGUUCUCAACAACUACGUGAUGUGCUCAAACGUUCAAUAAGUGACGCAGAUAAUGAAGCACGACGUCAUUCUCGUCGUGCUUAUUGGAAAUUUCGACGACAUUUUCCUGAUCUUGCUGACCAAAUCUACACCACACUAGAUAUUGCAGCGCAACGUGCACUAGAACGGGAGCGUGAUGGUGGCAAUGGUACUAUGGAAGUGGAACGGCGCUCUGCAGCUGCAACCACUCGAUUUCAACGUUCGCCAGGUUCACUACAAAAGCCUGCGGCAGGAAUGCGUAGCGUGUCGGCUGUGGAUACUGCAGCUGCUCAACGUGCCAAAGCUCGCGCCCAAUACUCCUUCUAUCCGCGAAAAAAGUUAAGUACUGUUAACACUGCUGCUGCGUCAGCCAAUUCUGGAACAACAACUUCAGCUGCCACCGGUUCCUUACCGCGUCCACGGUAUAUGGGAGGUGGAGCAACGUCAACGUCGAACACUGGAGGGCAGCUAACUGCUGGUGUUUCUCCACGAACACGAGGUCGAGCUGGAGUUUCACAGUCACAACCUGGUUCUCGUUCCACUUCACCAAGUUCCAAGUUGCGAGAACAAUACGGGUAUAGGCCAAUAACUGGAACCAUACCGAAGAAAGCUUCGGGCAUACCUCGUUCAUUGACCAGUUCACGCGAAACGAGUCCCACCCGUGUCGCCAUGAAAAGGAGUAUUUAUGCCACAAAUAGUUCGGCCAGCUCCGUAAGAAGAACACCUGAUCGUAGCAAUUCGCGUUCCCUAGCGGCAGCACGUAUUUUACAACAAAGCCGUGAGGCUGAGACGGCAUUAGCCGAUGCUCUUUCUCCAGAAGCAGAGAGAGUUAUUGAUUAUGGCGAGUAUUCGCGCGGGUAUACAGCUGGCUUACGAAUGGGUCGUAAAUUGUUGUCGCGCGACGAGUCCGACGACUCCGAGGCAUCGUCGGUGUGUUCGGAGCGGUCGUUUGAUUCGUCAAUGACGCGAGGCAACAAUUCGAAUUAUUCGUUAUCAGGCUCACGAAAUAGAUUGGAUUGGAGUUGCACGCGCGCACCUUUCGAUGAUAUCGACACUAUUAUACAGUACUGCGCCUCGACGCAUUGGUCGGAUCGCAAGGAUGGAGUUAUCAGCUUAACUCAAUACCUUGCCGAUGGUAAUCAGCUAACAUCACAACAACUACAGGCUGUCUUGGACAUGUUCCGUAAAUUAUUCAUGGAUCCACACACAAAGGUGUAUUCUCUGUUUCUUGAUGCAGUUACUGAAUUGAUUCUUGCGCAUGCCAACGAUUUGCAGGACUGGCUUUUCGUAUUGCUGACGCGACUAUUUAAUAAACUUGGCACAGAACUGCUCAAUUCAAUGCACAUCAAAAUCGGCAAGACAUUACAAGUUGUACAUGAAUAUUUUCCAACCGACCAACAGCUGAAGGAUGUCUUCCGUAUACUCGCCGACACGGCACAAACACCCUGCACCAAAACAAAGAUAGCCAUAUUGAAAUUCCUCACAGACUUGGCAACCAGUUACUGCAAGUCCACCGACUUUCCUUCUGACGAUGGCCCAUUAGCAGUUGAUAAGGCUGUGCUGAAAAUUGUUCAACAAGCUGGUGAUCCCAAAAGCAAGGAUCUACGUGAUCAAGCGCGUAAGUGUCUCAUUGCACUCUACAAUCGCAACACACCACAGAUGACUAAGUUGCUGUCUAGCCUUCCAAAAGGCUAUCAAGACACCGCCAAAGCCAUUAUACAGUCGCAUUUGCGACGCAACAGCACUUCUGGCACAAAUUCGCCAUCUUCACCUCAUUCAAGUGCCAGUCCUAAACCAUUACAAAGUCCAUCGCUUGGACCCUUCUCUUCGCUACAGCCACAAUACAAUACCACCAGUCCACGCUCACGACAAUCCUCCGUGGACCAUGAACUCUAUUCGGAGGCUGAUGUGCAGCAUAAUAUACACAAAACAUCGGAAGAAAUCCGAAAUUGCUUUGGUGUUGGUGUCGGUGUCGGCAUAGAGGCAACAUCCAACAAUACUCGGCAAUACCAUUCGCUCUCCAAUGCCAAUGGCUACAAUGGCUAUCUGCAUGAUCAGCAAGAUUCGUGCGCUUCUUCCAAUUCAAAGACACAGUCCGCCACCACAACCGAAUCGAACACACCUGAAAGCACCACAAUGCGUUUAGAUGCCAACUUGUUGGAGCAACAUCAACGCAUAACCACUAAUGUUGUGCUAACAACAGCGACACCCAAUGCCAACACAGCAGUCGUAGGUGGCACUGCAAACCAUACUUCGCGUUGUAAUUACACCGUCGCAUCGAACGGUGAGCUUUUACUCGAAAACGGCUUAACCGAAAGCGAAAUUAUACGGGUGGCAUGUGCAUUAAAAGCCGAUAUGCCGGUGGAGCAGGUUCAACAGGCUCUCGCUAAUUUGGAAAUUUGCAUUAAAGGAGGAAAUUGCGAACUUCCCAACAAACAUUUUCGUGCUAUAAUGAAAAUGCUGUUGGGACUGCUGGACUCGCAAACAGCCGAUGUUAUGAUCGCCGUUAUAAGCGUGCUCGGCAAGAUUGUGCGUAGCACCAAAAUGAAGGAAACGUGGAUCAAUUUCCUCGAGCUGAUUUUGCUGCGAAUAAUAAACUGUUAUCAGCACAGUAAGGAAACGGCUCGCGAAAUCGAUUUGAUUAUACCUCGCAUAGUAUCAUCAUUGCCGCUGAACGCCACCAUCAAUAUUGUAAAUCCUGUUAUUGCGACUAGUUGUUAUCCGUUGAAUUUGUGCGCUGUGAAAUUACUCACUGAGUUGGCAGAUCGUCACGGCGGAGAAUUGACCGAAUUACACUUGGACAGUAUAUUCCCUAAUUUGGCACGUCUCACCGAUGAUAGCGAAUCCAUGGUGCGAAAGGCCGCCGUUUUUUGUAUCGUAAAACUUUAUAUAGUGAUGGGCGAAGAAAGGGUGAAGCCGAAAUUGUCGGUGUUGAAUCCAAGCAAAGUGCGUUUGCUAAACGUUUACAUUGAUAAACAGCGCAGCAACAGCGGGGGUGGCAGUUCAACGAAAAACUCAUCAGCUUCAUCGUCAUGAUUGCGUCGCACGUAGAUAGCUCCGCAUGAAGUUGUGGUUGAAGAUCGACGGAAAUUGCAGCAACUGGCCAAUAAAAGGCAAUAGAUAAGACGCUACGCCGUCUGGGGCCGUUUGUUAAAGAUUAGCCGUUGAGUGUGGACGGUGUGUAUGUAUGUGCGUGCGUACGUGUUGUAUGUGUAUUUGUUAAACAAAAUAUGUAGGUAAAAGCAUUAAAUGCAGUAGUAUAACACAGAAGCAGCUUACAGCGUUACCAAAGUGGAGCUCUAGGAAUGUAUAUCAAAAAUCUUUUGAAGAUUUCCUUACAUAUGUUGUACAAGAUUCGAAUUAUUACAAAUAUUUAGGCAAAUUGUAAAUUAGCAUAACCGCGGUAACAAAAACAAACAAUCAGAGGAAAGGUUGCUUCCCAACAAAUUUUUGAUGGAUACUGGCUAAAAAAUAAUAAAUAUGUACCACGCUUUGCAUUUAUUCUAAACUUAGUUCGACUCCACUUUGGUGUAAGCGUGACAGCUUAUGAUAGAACCUACUUCUUGGCGAGUUUGCAUUAGAAAUCUAACAUGCAUUUGCAUACUUUUGCUUAUAAAAAAAUUAAAACAUAAAAUUACAUGUAAAUUGGUAAAGAAAACACAUUAAUUACUAGAGAGCUGCAUAAUUGUAAUUUGUUAGUUAUAACCAAUAAUUAAAACGAAUGGAAAAAGGAGAUCAUACUCAUUUCCUGCACAUUCUUUUCUUAACUAUAAUUUGCCACACUUUCCAGUACAUGAGAUAUUGUCUAACUCCCUUUGUUGCAUUUAAAUUUGAACGCAUAAAACAAGUAUAUUUUAAUUUCGUAUUGUUCCCCUUAAAUAAUAUCUGUUUAUUUAUAUAAUUUUCUCACCUACUUACCCAGCCGUGUAACUAUGUUUUUUUUUAUGUGUAUUCUAAAGAUUUUAGUUUAAUGUAUUUACGUUCUCAGUAUAAUUCUUUUGUAUAUUUUGCGUGUAUUUCUUUUUUUUGUUAAGACUUUUUAAUUACUUGUCCUUUAUGUAAUUAUAAGCCUAAUGAUUUUCUCACAAACGAUAUUUCGAAAUUUUACACAAACGAAAAUAUUGAUGUUAAAUACAUAAAAUAUAUAAAAAAGAA